AUCAGCUGUCGAUUUAUAAUAUUCGCGUAUUUUUUUAAAUAAUAUAUAUCUAAAAUAUGUGAUAUAUGGCAUGAAGUACAAGAUAUUUAUUAAUUAAACCAGCACCGUGGUAGUGCUGGGGGUCGGUUUAUGCGGAUGGCGAGCGCGAGGAGCAAGUGGUGCGAGUGACCGCGGCGGGCGCGGCUCACCUGGGCCCCCGGUCGCGCAGGCAUGCAGUGGUAUGGCGGAGGCUGCAGGCACGUCGCGUGGCCUCCGCGUCUACAAGAUUGUAGUACUAGGCGACGGGGGGGUGGGCAAGUCCGCGGUCACACUGCAAUUUGUUAGCCACAGUUUUCUGGACUAUCACGAUCCCACAAUAGAGGACUCAUAUCAGCAACAGGCAGUAAUUGAUGGCGAGCCUGCAUUGUUGGAUAUAUUAGAUACAGCUGGGCAGGUGGAAUUCACUGCGAUGAGGGAACAAUACAUGCGGUGCGGGGAAGGCUUCAUGCUUUGUUAUUCAGUGACCGACCGGCGGUCCUUCCGUGCCGCGGCCGAGUACAAACGGUUGUUGGCUCAGGCUCGCCCUUCAGAGCGACUGCCGCUCGUGUUGGUGGGAAACAAGUUGGACUUGGCGCCGAGGUUUAGACAAGUAACAACAGAGGAAGGCCAAGCUCUGGCCACGCAGCUGGGCUGUCCAUUCUACGAGACAUCGGCAGCUCUCCGUCACUUCGUGGACGAUGCCUUCCACGGGCUUGUCCGGGAAAUACGCCGCCUCGAGAGACAGAGACAGUCGUCGCUGCUGGAGGGCGGCGGGCGCGGGCGGCGGCGCUGGCGGCGCCUGCGCAGCAUCUUCGCGCUCGUGUUCCGGCGCCGACGCCGACACGCCACGCCCUGAGAUGCGACGAGAUAGGUCUCUCCUUUUAUUUACUGCGGACAAAGCUGCCGUAAACCGAAAAACGAUCCGAUAUAAUGAAAAAACGUAAUCGUAGCUACCGGACGAACGAUUGUGGAGCUAAAUUAUACAUAUGUCAGAAAUAAAUUAUAUUCUGAGGGUCGUUGUAUUUAAACGGUCGAGACUCAUUCGGGGGAUACCGUAGGGAGAGAUCGGAAAACCUUUAACUGACGAAAUAGAUAGUUUAGGGUCAGGUGUUUAAUCUUCCACUACCUCAAAUGCUUUUUGUUAUUAGUUACUCGUGUCUGUAUCGAUUAGUGGCCACGUUCUCUAUUAUGGUUAACUAAUAUAUCUUGUUUAUAGCUUAACUAAAUUAUUCCAUACUUCGAAAAUCUUGAGAAGCUUAAUAUUGAUAUGAAACGUGCCAGAUUUUAUUCUAAGAUGUGAUUCUACCUCUGUCUUACACUAUUGAAUUGUUCAAUCGACGUUCCUCGAUUAAGCCAUAAAUAUAUACAAAUAUAAUAGAACCUUUAGUUGUCAUAGGAUGUAAAUUUUUAUUAUACCAAUUAAAAUGUAUAGGCCUAUCUAAGUAUAGUAGGUAUAUGUUCUGUUGACGGUACUUAAAUUUGUUUUUGAGAUACUUUACUACGUCACAACUUGUCUAACUUGUAUUCUGCGGUUUGCUUCAGUCUUCAUGAAUAUGACAUGAUGUUUAGUUACAGUUUUUUUUUUAAAUUUUAAAUUGUUUGGUACACUUUAACUGACUAAAUGACGUUUUCUCUUAAAAGGUGAGAUAAACGGCGAAGGCGCGUAGUAAUUUUUGCGCUUCUAUUGCUUAAACGACAUAGUUUUCUUUGACUAUAUUCGAAAUCUGUAGUGAAUAAUAUUUAACAUUCAAUAUUCAAAUUAUUGAAUUAUAAUGCCUAUUAAAAACUGGCCUCAAGUAAUGGAUGUCUUCCGCAAUGGAACCCAAAAGAGCAAUAAUUUAAAAAUGUAGUAUUGUGUCAUCGAAGUUCGAUAGUUCAGUGUUUAGAUAAUAUUUACAUUUUGUCAAGUCAAAUGAUCCGACUCAUAACCGCUGGUUAUAUGAAAACCAAUUGCCUUUGUUUCCUGAUAUUAUUAACACGAUUGAAUAUACUUAUAUCCUUUAUCCGUUUAUUGAACUUGAUCUAAUUUGAAUAAAAUAACAGGGUUGCCAGUAUUUAAAGUCUAAUAUAAAAUUAUAUUUUUUUAAUGAAUGCAAAUCAUUUUUGAAUAGAUUAAUAUUAGACAGCUCAUUUGACUUGAACUAUAAUGUUAUUUAAGUAACAGAGUAGCUAUUAAAUGUUGUAUUGUACCCCAAAUCCCUGUAGAGAAGUGUUUACAUCGUCACUAUAUUAUAAGAAAAAUAUUGAGGAAAUAUUGCGGUAAAAGUUUAUUUAUUUGAAAUAUAAAAUUUUAAAGUUUCUUUGUUUAAUCGUUAAUAUUUUGUAGAAUUAAUAGUCUUGGCAACAUUCAUGUCAUAAUAAAAUAGUUUUGUUUAUGAUCAAACCAAUUUAAAGGCUACAUUAGGAAUUGGUUUUUUUGGUGUAUAAAUUAAAUAUAUAAAGCUUGACUUAACGAUAGUUUUGUUAAAUUCAAAACAGAUUAUGCAAAAUCUAUUCGAAAAAAAAAUGUAUGUUAAAAUUAUAGUAUUAAAUCGCCCUGGAAUUGAAUAAGUUUAUUAUAAAAGAUAAACCAAUAUCGUCCUCUAUUCUCAUGAAUAAGAAUAAAACUAAUAUAUCGUAGUUCGUAUUAGAAUCCGCCCAGUGUAUCCAGUUCAUGCCCCAUUCCUUCCAGACUGGUUUAGGAACAUUUAUUUUAAGACAGAAAAUUAUUAAAUUAUCAAUAAUUAAAACGGCACACUAGUGUAAGAAUUGGUCUUAAACCUUUAUUUUAUAAGUGUUGUAAUGAUUGCAAUGUUUUUAUUUAUUUGUUUAGAUUUGACCCUAAAGUACAAUUUAAGUAAAUAUAAGACCACUGUGUCAUUAUAAUCUCCUCGACGGAGACAGCAAUAAGGAGUAAAGUGAAGAAAAAUAUAUUUAUAUGAUAAUUAAUUUAUUUCGUGUGUGUGAUUUUAGUGUUGUGAGCAGACGUUGAUAUUUUAUUAUAAAAAUAGGAUGAUACGCACAAAUUUUAGAGUAGCUGUUAAAGCGAAGAUGGGAUGUUUGUGGAUUGCACCAGGGGAAGAAGACUUGUUGCAUUUUUGACAUAUAAAAAUUUACAGUGACUAUACAAAUAGCUCACUCAAAUUAAAUAUGUCAGUAUAAUAUCGUUUGUGGGCAGUAUUGAAAAGCAAACAAUCUUCUGCUCUUGGUAUGAAAGUCUAUACGGUUGGAUUAGUUCCCUCAAUAGCAAGGUGUCAAACUAGAUUAUUAGGUAAUGUUAUUAUUAAGUAAUAUGAGCUUUCUGGCAUUUGAAGCCAUAUAACCCCUUUGAUUAGGGUAACUUUCUCUAUAUGAAUUGGUUGUUGAUAUUUUUUUUUGAUUAUAUUUAAUGUUGGAUAAUUAGUUGUGAUCUAUUUAGGGUCAAUCAAUUUUUAUUAUGAAAUACAAUUUUAUAAUAUAUCAAAGCAUUUUGAACGACCAACAUGUUGUUUUUUCGUCUAUAAUGUAUACACAUAUAUACUCCUUAGUUUAUAGAAUGAUGCCAUAAAUCAGAUAUUAAUUGUAUUCAAGUACAAAGAUCCGUUAUACAAUAUUGUUUAGAAGAAUUCACCAAUAGUUUUAUCUAGUCAUUAUUAAUUUAGGUAGAAUAUUGUUAUACCUGACCAAACUAGUAAAAGAAAUCUAUGGGUACAUAUACACUGUUUGGUUGAGCAGUGUUUAUGCUGAAGUGGAUUUAAGUUAGAUUACUACCUAGACGAUAGGGGGAUAUCAUACUAUAAUAUUACGCUCGAGGAUUUGUCUCUAGAU